AAUGUUGGCAACAAAAAAAUUAAUUAGAAAACAAAUUAAACAAAAAAUUGACCAACUUUUAUCAAAACCUGGAGGACCUGAAAUUAUUGAAAAAGAAAGUGAUUUUGUUAAAGAAAAGUUAUUUAAUCACCAAUGGUUUAAACAAGCUAAACGUAUCGCUAUUUAUGUGAGUACUUUUGGGGAGAUUAUAACUGAUGAAAUUAUUCUUCGAGCACUUGACGAUGGGAAGGAAGUUUUUAUUCCGAGAAUAAAGAAAGGAAAUGAACACAUGGAAAUGCUUAAAUUAUCUUCUAAAGACGAAUUUGCCAAACUUGAAAGGACAACUUGGGGAAUUCGUCAGCAUUCAAGUGAUUUAUCACCGCCUACGUAUUUUGAUGGAAUGACAACAAAAGAAAACGAACAACUUUUGGAUUUAAUUGUAAUGCCUGGUGUUGCAUUUACUUUAAAUGGAAAACGUUUAGGCCAUGGACGUGGGUAUUAUGACCGUUUUCUUUUGGAAUAUUCACAAAAAUGUAAUGGAAUAUAUCCAAAAACAAUUGCUUUAGCAUUAAAUCUUCAAAUAAUUGAGGAUUUACCGAUGAGUGAAAGGGAUGUUUAUAUUAAUCAAAUAUUAUAUUCUACUUAA